AUGCUUGAGACAGAUUCAACUAUUUUAAAGCAGAGUGUUGAAGGAAUGACUAACAACGGUGCUUGGUCCAUCCUUCCCAUAAUUCUGGAAAUUAGAAGGCUUGGCAACAGUUUCCAGAGAGUUGAAUGGAGUUGGAUUCCUCGAAGUAUCAACAAAGCGGUUCACGCAGCAGCUAGUAUUGGCAUCAGAGCGGUGGUGCAAAUUUGCUGGGCUGAAAGACCACCACCGUCUCUUCAGGGAGUGUUGGAAGUGGAUGGUCUUCCAGGACAACCAAACUAA